UUCCAGGUUCUGUGGACACACCCAGCACUGACACUCCAGCCCAAGCAACCCCUCACCCCCUACCACUACCAUGGCUGAAGAUGCAGAUAUGCGAAAUGAGUUGGAGGAGAUGCAGCGAAGGGCUGACCAGUUGGCUGAUGAGUCACUGGAAAGCACCCGUCGUAUGCUGCAACUGGUGGAAGAGAGUAAAGAUGCUGGUAUCAGGACUUUGGUUAUGUUGGAUGAACAAGGAGAACAACUGGAACGCAUUGAGGAAGGGAUGGACCAAAUCAAUAAGGACAUGAAAGAAGCAGAAAAGAAUUUGACGGACCUAGGAAAAUUCUGCGGGCUUUGUGUGUGUCCCUGUAACAAGCUUAAAUCAAGUGAUGCUUAUAAAAAAGCCUGGGGCAAUAAUCAGGAUGGAGUAGUGGCCAGCCAGCCUGCCCGCGUGGUGGACGAACGGGAGCAGAUGGCCAUCAGUGGAGGCUUCAUCCGCAGGGUAACAAAUGAUGCCCGAGAAAAUGAAAUGGAUGAAAACCUGGAACAGGUGAGCGGCAUCAUUGGAAACCUUCGUCACAUGGCCCUGGAUAUGGGCAACGAGAUCGAUACACAGAAUCGCCAGAUUGACAGGAUCAUGGAGAAGGCUGAUUCCAACAAAACCAGAAUUGAUGAAGCCAACCAACGUGCAACAAAAAUGCUGGGGAGUGGUUAAAUGUGUCCACCUCUGUUCUCUUCCAAAUGCUGUCUGGAAAGAUGGCACCUUCAUGCUUUUCUCAUGGUAUUACCUAGUAGGUCUGCACAUAUACAUUCAUACACACAUCAGUUUUCCCCUUUGUGACUGUUGUCCUGUGUCAUUUAUUAGCUCCCAACAAUAUUAUAUGUCUUUUGUUUCUUUCUGAGUCUCUUUCCAAUGGUUGUAUAUAGUUGUCGUUUGGUGGCUCUAACUCCCUACACAAGAUGUCUUGGGCUUCAUUUUCCUUUAUUCUCUUUGGUGGCACUUGCUGAAUGACAACAAUUAGGAAUGCUCAAUGUGCUGUUGAUUCUUUCAAUACACAGUAUUGUUCUUGUAAAACUGUGACAUUCCACAGAGCUUCUACCAUAGUCCUUUCUUUGGUGUUAGGCUCUGAAACUCCAAAUUUGCUGUCUUUCUUUCCUCAUCGCUAUCAUCUGUCUUUAUUAUUUCAUGAUUAGACAAUGUGGAAUUACCUAACAGGCAUUGCACUAAAAGUGACGUGAUUUAUGCAUUUAUGCAUGAGAACUAAAUAGAUUUUUAGAUUCCUACUUAAGCAAAAUCUUUCCAUGACAGUAGCAUACUGAUGAGAAAAUACAUACACAUACAAUAACAACAAAACAGUAACAACAAAGCAUGCUCCAGUAUUGAGACACUGUCAAGAUUAAGUUCUACCAGCAAAACUGCAGUAGUGUCACUUUCCUUCUGUCAAUAUUUAGACUUAUCAAUCAUAAUCAUCCUUUUUUAAAAAUCAAUUUUAAAAAAAGAUGGAUUUCACACACCCGCCAUUUAAUCAUUUCCAGCAAAAUACAUGUUUGGCAGAAAUUAUGUCAAUGGAUGUGUAAUAUAUGGUUUAUUUGCUCCUUUUGAAGGCUAUGUUUUGGGGAAAACAAUCUUGCUGUGAAAAAGUGUGGAAAUGUAAAUUUUGUAAGGCUGACUCCUCUAAAUCACCAUUUUCCCUGUGGUUUGUUACCAGUACAAUUCUCUGUUGCUUAAUCUAGAGCUAUGCACACCAAAUUGCUGAGAUGUUUAGUUGCUGAUAAAGAAACCUUUAAAACAAUAAUAUAAAUGAAUGAAAUAUAGAAAAACUGUGAGAUAAAUAUCACUAUAGCAUGUAAUAUUAAAUUCCUCCUGUCUCCCCGGUCUGUUUGUGAAGUGAUUAUGACUUUUUGUAGCUAGUUUAAAAUUAUUAAAAAUUAUAGACCCCAA